AAUGACUAAGAGACAUAGCUUCCAAUCUCUAGUAUCAACAUAAUUACAGACAACAUUUUAGAUUAGGCGCGUUCACCUCUGUUUGAAAUUGCACACACUUGUCAUAACACAAAACGCAAGGACAAAUGACAAAGAAAGAAAUUAAUAGAGAAAAUGUUGAGGGACAUAGUUAGUAUUUUAGCUUAAACAGAAUAUUAAACUUGUCGAAUCAUUUCAUUUAAUCUUCUAUUAAAUGUGAGAAAUUCGCUGGGCUAUUGACACAAGUAUCAACAGGAAUAAUGGAAAACUGCCCCUUUGCCGAUAUCGACCUUGAAAAAUAGACACUUUGAUUAAACAAUUCUACACAGUAAAACCAUUAACCCACAUAUAACCAAAAGCCGAUAAGAAGCCAGUGUCAUAGGAGAUGGAAACAACAUUAGAAUCAAAACUGACCGAUGGACGAGAAAUACUGACAUGGAACUUAAGGACAUAUUGGGAUAGGAGAAAGUAAGAAACAAAUAUAAUAUGUGGCACUGAAGGAUAGAAAUUGAAAAUUUAACAAAUCUGGUUAGAACUAAUUUAGGAAAAUGUAUUCACGAUAUAAGAAACAGUUUCAAGAUGCGCGUGAUGGACUUUGUAAACCCGAAAAAAUCAAAGGAUUUAAAAUAAAUGAAAAGCCUUCCAGUAUCAGAGAAAAUACGCGAAUAACAGAUAUCAGCGCUAUGUCAGGAUCCACAAAUGUUAACAACGUAUUGGACAAGGUUCCUGCCACUUGGAAGAGUAAAGCCAAAACCUUCUUUUUCCGGUUUGAUACUGACGGGGAUGGCCUUCACACUCGGCGAGACUAUGAGGAAAUCGUCAAUAGAUUAACUGGAUAUCUGAAGAAGAGUGGCAGCAAUCCAUCGGAUGAUCGUCUGCAAGGUCUCAAACACACGUUUAUAGAUGUCGUCUGGAGCGAAUUUGUGGCGGGAAAUCAUGACACGGGAAGCAAUCGAAAAGUAACACUCCAAGAAUUCACUACCAAUGUUGCGAAAAAGCUCGAUGAGAGAGAAUACGCCGAGGCGGUUUGUAAGGCAAUAUCGACGCAUUAUUUUGAUAUCAUAGAUAUAAACAGCGAUGGGUCGAUAUCGUUAAAAGAAUAUGGAGAUUUUAUGGAGUUGUUUGGAGUUGACCCAAAGCAUGCCCCUGGGGCAUUCGAAUCUCUCGACGCGGAUUGCAACAACGAAAUAAGCCGUGAAGAGUUUUUUAAUGCAAUGCAAAACUUCUGGUUGAGUAUGGAUGACACGGGCUUCGGUGCAUGUAUGUUAGGACCUUUGAUAAAGUGGUAAAUGGCAAUGUUUAACUCUCCACAACUCCUACUUGAAAUAUUAAAUAUUUUAGACCUACCAGUAGAAAUAUUUCACCAAAGACAGCAUCCAUCAUACAUUUUGCAACGAUAUUUUGUCAGUGAACCAUCGAGAACUUUUAUGGAAGGAAAUCGUAAUUAUAUAUAUAAUGACUAGACGUUUGCUCAUUACCGCUUUUGGGAACACAACUUUUGUAUUCAUCAGCAGAUAAGGAUACGAGCUAAAAGACCAUGUGACCGCCUCUCUACUUGACUACACACCUCACACUUGUUGUAGUGGGGGGGGGGUCACAAGGGUUUGUAACUAGACUAGUAAGACAUCUCGUCUUUUGAUGUAGAUCCCUUCAUGUCAUUCUUAUAUUUAUACAAUUGAAAUGUAGCUUCUCGCGUGCCCCAUUUUGAAACACCAGCCAGAACGAACAAUUAAUUCACAUUGGAUUUUAUCCUGGUGUUUCUCUUGUAGAGGUUCAAAAUAUAGAAACGUCUUAGAGUCAGGUCUCACUGUCCUCAUACCCACGACCCAUUCAAAAAUUACAAUUAUUCAGUAUCUUUGGUAUCUUGGGAGUUGUCCAUGUCAAAGUGAUUUAUAUAUAAUUAAAUCAUAAAAUAAAAGGACAUUAAUGAAGAUUAUUCCAUAUGUUAUAUUGAAUUAUUUCAUAUACUGUCAAUACAGUAUAUGACUUGCUGAGUGAAUGUGGAACUUCCCAGCCAUUUCAAUUUCAAUUCUUUCAUGAGCUGGGUCAGCGAUGCCCGAUCUUGAAGGA